GGUUUACGGAUGUAGGCAGCUAUAUGCCUAUAUUAGAUAUCUUUUGUCCAAGAUUCCACCUAUUUCAACUUGAGUUGUCAGGGUUUCACGGAAGAGCAUAUCGAGACAUUCCCGCAUGCUCUGGCUGAAGUAGCUAGAUAGCAUUGUUUGGAAUUUUAUUCGGGUUUCAUUAUCAGUGAUAUCAGAGAUGGCAGACUCCAUGGCCCUCAUUAUGCCAACUUCUACUCAGUCAACUGGCGGUCCUGUUGGUGAUGGUAGUAGUAACCCGGACUACGCAGAUAGAAUACUCUUUUCUGUUGUUUUCAUGGUGAUCAGCAUCACUGGAAUCACUGGAAACACCCUCGUCAUCCUCGCGAUCAUUCUCUCUCGCAAGUUGAGAACGACCACCAAUUGGUUCGUCAUGAAUCUGGCAAUGGUUGAUCUAUUGACCUGUGUCUUUUUGAUCUUCUAUGCUGCGUCUAUACUGAGUCUGAAAGUACUGCACUACUCGGGUUGGUUGUUAGCCAUUGCGUUUAUCAUCACCUUUACCUCCAUGUUGAGCCUAAACACUCAUGCACUCAUUGGUUUCACCAGUUGGUACCUCAUCACUAAGAACCACACGAAGUCUACGAAUCUGUUGAGCUCACGGAAUGUCUUAAUCAUGAUCAUCCUUUCCUGGAUUCUAACAAUCGUCUUCUGCGGCGUCCUAUUCCUGAUUGGACCAUUCUCCGAAUACACAAGCGAGUUUCUCAUAGGAGUUUGGAUCAUUGGACAUUUUGUCAUUAUUCUGACUGUCUACAUAAAGAUAUGGAGGUUUGUAGCACAUCAAGAGAAGAAAAUGUCAUCCAACAGGGGGGACAUUACGACGGCCCAGACUGAUAUUGAAGUUAUAAGUGAUACAGACCACACGAUCAAUGUAGCUAACCCAUCAGAAACCACAUCUUCUGGAAGAGAAGGUCUAUCGAUCGAGGAAUGUGGUGGAUCAUCAAGGAAGCUGAGAGAGCCUCAAGUAAACCGGAAGAUGAUCACCGUUGCCAAGAAUCUCUUAGUGAUUCUAAUUGCUUUUAUGGUAUGCUUCAUUCCUUACUCCAUAUGUCUGUACAUUCCUAACUCAUCUGCUGUGGAGCAUUGGUUACUGGUACUGCUCUUUUUCAACAGUUGCAUCAAUCCUAUCAUCUAUGCCAGGAGGAUUCGAUCAUUAAGGGAGGUGAUGGUGUGCAUCGUGUGCUGUAGGUUCAGAAGCAUCCCAAUGCCAAUCUCUUUCCUUCGAAGUGUGAGAUAAACAAGCUUGAAAUUAUCACCAUUAACUGACGAUUAAUAAUAUGUAGUUGAUAUUCAAACUUCUAAUGAUCACCCUUAACUAAUGAUUACCAACGAAUAACGAGAUAGAAUCGUAGCUUUGGCACAUCACUCACUCCGUGACCUUUUGUAUUUCGUGGUGCGAAUGUAAAUGUUUAGUUAGAGAGGUAUGUUAAAAUUGAAGAUUGUGGCGAAAGUUUGCAGCACUGUGUGUUAUUAAAAAAGUUCGUUGCACCCUGUACCAUAUUAUAAGAGAGUUCAUUUAAUAAUAUACAAAUAUAUCAGGCUUUUAGAAAGUAUGGUGGGAAUAAUCUAUCAGAGGUUUGGAGUGGCAAUUACUAUUUUUCCCGAGGGGCUAAGCUCCGACGGAAAAAUAGUUACAUCGCAAGUCCAUCUGAGGAUUAAUGAUUCCCACUAUGCUUUCGAAAGAAACGCCUGAUAUAUUUGUUUGAUAUCCCUCGUUAUCUUGUGGACCCAUUCCUUGCUGAUUUUUAACCAAUCUAGACCAAAUCUAAAGUUGCCGGACCUAGUCCUACUCUAGACCUGUCGAGCAAAUGCUAAAUAGUUCCUGGAUAGGCUGCGCGUGGCUUAUACCCGACUGCACGUAAUGAGAGGUCCGCUCCGCUGCGUUGGCCGUUGCUGCAGUUGCACUAAAAAUGUAAAUAAAUACGUGCAUGCUAAUUGAAAUAUAUGCUCUAAAAUUAGCAUCCGAGACCUUGAAAGGUAUGUUUAUUUAAAAUAUAAGGAUCCUUGUAUGAAUGACCGUCGGGAUUAUAUUUUUUGCAUUGUAAUGUAGACCAAAUUCCACACUUUUUUAGAUCGAUAAGUCGAUAAGUAAUUUGAGCGAUAGCUUGUAAUUUACUUUAUUUAUUGUUAGCGGAUGAUUGAUCUGGAUAUGGUCAAGUCGGGGAGCAUGCGCAGUUCAAAGUUGAGAAGAAAUAGCGAACAUGAGCAUGCGCAGUUCUGCACAUGAAAGUAAAUUUUAAAAAAAUAUACGGAGCUACAAGAAAACUAUACGGAGAUAUGUGCAGCGAUGUGUUUUCCUAUUGAAAUUAUACUUUUUCACAUGAUUACGAAUUGACCAAUUGUUUAUCUAGAAUAAUUUCAUAAAAGAGAUAUAAUCACAAAUAUACAAGCGUGGCAUAUGCGAAAUGCUAAACUCAUGAGUGGUAUCUCAUCAUGCUAAACAAGUAUACACUUAUGUUUAUGAUUCUCGAAGACGGUGACCAACUACGCGGACAUUUGUCAAAACGGCCGGUCAAGAAGCAGGUCAAGAGGCAAGGUGAAUCUAUGAAAGAUUUUCAUGUUUUGUCCUGAAUUACUUAAUGACCUAAGUUAUUAUCCUUACCAAAUAUUUUUCACUGGUGAUAGGAUUGCGAGAACAAUAUAAUUUUGGAGCAGCUGAUCAAAAACAAUAUCCGCCAGUGUGCUUAGCACUAAUUCUUAGUUUUUGUGAUAUUCGGUUGUUCUUGUACAUUCGUGGUUGGGUUUAUAACUAUGCCGUUUUCAUAUCAGUUUGAUUUUAUAUUACUGUAAUAGUAUGUUUUUUAUAGCUCUUUACCAAUUCGAUUCUUUUUAAGUUUCUCAAAAUAUAUAAAUGAAAUAAAUUGUUUUCUUGUUUGGUUUACAUUACGUAAAAAGGUAUGAUUAAUAUGUAGAACGGUAAUAUAUUCCUCAUGAUAGUAAUCUGAAGAGUGUGAGAAGCUUGUUGUAGUAAUAUACGUUCUGAUCAAUCAUUUGUAAUUUGUAUAGAUUGCGAUGGGACUUCAAAUCGUUCUUCGUUGCGAUGUUGACGUUGUGGAUAAAAAGAGUCUGUGUUUUUGUGUCCUUCGAUCAUGUCGAUAUAAUGGAAUUGUAUCAAUAUAAAAAAGUCUUCUCGAUAUUUCCAAAAAUAAAUUGAUAGCUUUUCCAAGAAUUUUUUUUUCUUAGAUACGCACUGUAAACAUUUUAACACACUUGCUUUAAUGAUUCUGGAUUGAGUAAAUAUUCACCUGAUUUCUCUGAUUUCGCAAUGAGUGUUUAUUGUUUUUAGACCACAAAAACGGGACAUUCCAAGCACCUUCCGAUAUUAUGAACAUGGCGAGUAUCUAGCUAAUGAAAAUGCAAAGCAUUGAAAACGUAUAUAACAAUGUGUAAGCCUACUGACCAGGAAAGGGGACAGAUCAAAUCUAAAAUUCAGAGAUGAAACAAUAUGCAUGAGAAAUAUGGAGGGGGCUACCUGUAUAUCAUGUUCUUUCGUUUUAAGCAUUUUGCUCCAUAUUUCUCAUGCAUAGUUUUUCAUCUCUGAAUUUCAAGAUUAUCAUUACAAUUCUUCGCUUAAUAUCGUCCAAGAUUGGUUGACCUUAAUGAUAAGGUUAUUUUUAAAACAAGUACAUGUAUUGUCAUAACAAAAAAACAUGUUGUGAUUAUAAAAUAAUUAAUGUCGUAGAUAUCCCCGCAAUUAGAACUUUCUUAUCAGAGUGUAUGAUUAUGCAACAAUGAUCUAUAGGAAUUAAAUAUUGAGAGUUGUAUACCUAG